AUGAGCCAAAGAAAAUUGUUCAACCGAAAUGUGGGACGGAGAACAAACGGGCAUCUUGAACGCAUCCGCAAGCGACUAAUCCGACUGCCGCCUCAGAUUACUAAGGCAUACUCGGCACGAGCAGCAGUUGUCAUUCCGCUUUGUCGUUUUCAAGGCGAGCCAUCUGUACUCUUUACAUUGCGUUCACUCACUGUUGGCAAACACAAGGGCGAAGUUUGCUUUCGAGACCAAACUCCAUUUGUUCUCCGUCUAAUUAUGGGGUUACAGCUAACCUGGUGCUUUAGUUGCUACACAAUGAUUCUUGACUUGACGUAG